ACUCACAAUUGCAGCACUCUGGCGCGGCGGUUCUCGAGAAGAAACCCCACCACAAAAACAAAACAAGAAACUUUCCGCUUUUAUAGGUAGCAUUGGACCGAUUCUGGAAUUGCACGCUUCUCUCCUCUCGAUUGCGCUUUUCACAUCACCAGUCGUGGCUAAAUAAAAAGUUGAGCCGUGCAUUCAAGGAUCCUGGUUGGUCCUCCAUGAGAGAGCAACUGCGGCAGAAAUCCUCAGAAAAAGAAAUGUCUGCAACAAUUUUGUCCGCUUUUUACGACAUCGAAAUGCUGUACAAGCAAGAGAAAAGCCUUAACAUAAAUGCAAUCCACCUUAACAGUAUGCUGGACAAGAAAGCGGUCGGGGCUCCAGUAACUACUUCGAGCACCUCCAAUAACUGCUCUUACACGCAGAGCUUUUUCCGAAGGAACUCGACGAGCAAUGCAGACUCUCUGACCAACAGCAACAAGUACCCAGUAAGUUCGUACAGCAACCUUAAGGAGAACGCGAGCAGCAGCUCCAGCACUGCCAUCAUGAACAAGGAAAACAAGUUCCGUGACCGCGCGUACAGCGAGAACGGAGAGCGCAGCCAGCAGCUGCAGGUUCUGCAGCAGAAGCCGGGCUCUCAGAUCAACUCGACCCGCUACAAAACCGAGCUGUGCAGGCCUUUCGAGGAAAACGGAUCGUGUAAAUACGGAGAGAAGUGCCAGUUCGCCCAUGGGUACCACGAAUUGAGGAGUUUGUCACGCCACCCCAAGUACAAAACCGAGCCCUGCCGCACCUUCCACACCAUUGGUUUCUGCCCAUACGGUCCCCGUUGCCAUUUUAUCCACAACGCCGACGAACGCAGACCAGCGCCCAGCAACGCCAACAUGCAGGGGGAACCGAAAUCAGCCAGGGAGCUGUGCGGCUUUAGUCAAAGGGAGACAGCGCAGCAGCACGCCGCAUAUAAUCAAAGGGACAGACCAAAGCUGCAUCACAGCCUCAGUUUCUCUGGCUUCUCCAGUCAUCACGGGCUUGAAUCGCCCCUGCUCGAAAGCCCCACAUCGCGCACCCCUCCACCCCCUUCCUCCAACUCCUGCUCAUCCAACUUCUACGAUGACGUCCUGUCACCCAACUCGAUGUCAUGUGUGAACAGCGCCUUCUCUUUCCCCGGGCAGGACCUGAAAAGCCUCCUCACUCCUCUGGCCAUCCAUACCCAGAAUGGUUAUGUCGGUCAGUCGAAUGGUGCCUACUAUGGAAACCUUCAGACCAACGUCUGCCCCCCUUCCCCCCCGUACAACAUGAGCCACUUGCAGUCCCUGCGUCGCUUGUCUGAGUCGCCGGUGUUCGACUCUCCCCCGAGUCCGCCCGACUCCCUCUCAGACCGGGAGAGCUAUGUGAGCGGGUCCCUAAGCUCUUCCGGAAGUCUCAGCGGCUCUGAAUCGCCGAGUUUGGAUGCUGGAAGACGUUUGCCAAUUUUCAGCAGGCUGUCGAUUUCAGAUGACUAAUUAUGCUACGUUAUAUAAUUACUUUAUUCGCAAUAGAGGUUGGGAAGGACUUGAGAUUCCAAUAGUCAAACGCUAUCAUUUCUCACUGACGACGUAUUUAACGAGCAACAGCUAAAGCAACAAGAUCUGCUUUAAGAAACUGCUGAGAGACAGAUCCCAUUCUUGACACGGCAUUAGUUUUUUUUUUUUCUUUACGUAACCUUAGCUAUAUAAAGUAGACAUCACCAAAAGGCAUUCCAUCGGUGACUUAACUUUUGAGCUGCGAUUAACGGCAAUCUACACCUUCAGGAGAGAUUGUGGACAACUUUUUUUGAACGAAGAGACUGUACGCGGUUUUAAAAUUCCUCCAUCCUGCCAAGAAUAUGCCUUGACAUAAGUUCAGUUUCAAAGUUUGUGUGCGUUUCUGAAAGCUUAAAAACUUCCAUUCCAAAACUAAUCUGUUUCACAGCGCCACACAGUGGUUUGUUUGGUUAGUGUAGUUUGAUGCUUCGUUAAAAGCACUCGGAGUUCGGUUUGUUUGGGAAAUCACUGCUGAUGGUUGAAUAUAUUUUUUUAGCUGUUUGAGUGAUUACAUAGCGGUGCGUUACUUGCUAUGAACUAUUUAACUUAUUUAUUAUCUUGUGAAAAGUAUAGGCUACAUUGGUAAUUUUUUUGUGUCCAUACUGUAUUUAUCGAGUAUGAUGAAGCAAUAGAUCUAUAUUCUUUUAUUAUGUUUAAAUUAUGAUCGCCAUUAUUAAUC